AACAUUGACUAUGCGCAGCGCUGGUUAGUGUAAGAAGUAUGGCGGACAUAGAAAGCGAAAGGCUAGAGUUGGCUCUGGAGAAUUUGUUUGUGAGACACUGCAGUGGGAAAUCUGCUCCGAAAAGCAAAGAAUAUUGCGGUGAAUUUUGUAAGUUGGUGGAAGAGCAUACCGGAAGAUGGCAGGUACCUCUUCCACAACUGAAAGUACUACGGUCUGCGCUCUGCAGUUUCACGACUGCAGCCGCUGUUUUUCCAGCCGAAUGUCAGCACAUCCAUUACACCCUGAGCAGCCUGGCCGUGAGCUUUUUUGAGCUAAUGCUUUUCUUCAGCAAAGAAGAGUUUUCGGAAUACCCUUUAAAAGACAUCAUCGAUUCCUUUCAGGCAUGCCAUUCACGGUUGUUGCGACAUAACAACACCUACAUGCAACAAGUGAAGCAGGUCAUCAAAGUUGGGGGACCCUGGGAAAGUCUAGUGCUUCAGGAUAUUCUGCAAGAGGCUUCUGUUCAACAAGCCGAUGUUGAGGAGUACUUCAGCUUGGAGGUCCCUCUGUUCCUGGAAUUACGUGUGCGCUACUUGCAGGCGUGUGAGCGUUUGCAGGAGGCCAUGGCCCUGGCCAAAAGCUGCAUGGAGAACAGCAAGGCUAGCAAACACCUGUACUUCCACCAGGCCUACCUCACCUGCCUCUACAAGGCCUCGCUACAUGAACACAUGCACAAGGAGAUGGCAGAGAUAGAUGGCCGUGAUGCGGUGGAGAUCAUCUGCAACACGGAGAGCGUCGAGGAGGAUGAGCUUCUGUUGUCCCUCUGCAAGGCCUUUCUAAAUCAGCAGCUGCAAAAUGGGGACAUGUACUACAUCUGGGACCUAGUCUUUUUAUGGAGCAGGCUGUUUCUCCGAGCCCAUCCGUCUGGACAGGGGUUCCUGGCGGAGUGCCAUCACUUGGUGUCGACUGCUACCAACAUAAGAGCAAUAUUCCCCUUCAUCAAAGUAGUCCAUGCUGAGCUGGGCAGUGAAGGGGAACAGUUCUGCGUGGAGGUUUGUGCCAGGGGCGUGCAGAUGUGUGAUUUGCAAGCCCAUCCAGAGAUCCACUCCUUGCUGUGCAAGACCAUAGCCUUCCUCCUGCCCUAUGACCUGGAAGUGUGUCAAGCUUGCGCGCUGCUGGUCUUCUGCCAGGAGCGCAGCCUGGAGGCCUACAAGACAGUGUGCCUACUCUACACGCAACCAGAGCAGGAGCACCACCUGCACAACAACCCUGUCCCCACCAACAUUCGCUUUUACAUCCUCCAGGUGCUAAAGGAGCGCCUUUGUUUUGAUCCCGAGUUCUGGAACCUGUUGACACUCAGGACUUAUUGUCUGGAGCUGAUCAGUGACCAGGCCAUGAAAGAGGCCGUUCUCAGCGAGAUGGAAGUGGACGAGGAACAGUACCCCGCGGAACCCAAACCAGAUGGACACACGACAGACUUUUGGGUUCACAGCUCAACCCCAAGCCUAGAUUUUGCUUCAAUCUCUCCUGGCCUACCGACACUUGAGUCCGGGGGACUAAUGGACUGUCAGCCUGAGCCGUCCAAAAAUACUCUACUAGUAAACAGGAAAAAACGCAGAAGGAAGCGGAUAUGUUUGAGACAACAGUCCUGGUCUGAUGACGAGGCAGACGUUGACGAUGACCCAGAGUUCAAAUCCAACAUUGCGUCGAACCGGGCAGAUGGUCCUCGCAAAUACUCGCUCAGGCGCAAACAUACGGUGCUGGAAAAACACAAGUCUGUCAAGCCCGAGCGCCAGAGAGAAUACCUUUCAAGAUGUGUGAAGAAUCAGAUCUUUAAAAGGAAAGGUCGAAAGAGAAGAUGGCUGCAGGGUGUUCCCAGGCUGGAUCAGGGACAAGUGCUUAAAGAUUUUACAACGGUCAAAAUAAACGGCAGAAAACGUGGACGGAAACCUUUCCCAAAGCUUGAACUUUCUUUCCCCGAUAACGAGCUGUGGCUCCAGAAUGAGAGGCAGGAUGAAUUGGAAACGACCAUGUUGGAAAGAGAGUUGUUGGAGCCUUUCUUAAGUAACCCACAUUCUGAAAUCGGAGAAAGCAUUGGACCGGAGAAGGUGACCUUGGACCAGAGUCACACACUUAAAGAAAAUGAACGUGGGACUAAGGAUGACUGUAUUCAUCUCAUUGAGCCCAAGACGGAGGCGGAACCUAAGCCUACCGAGGAAGCCUGUGGAGUGCCAGCUACCGAGUCUGAUAAUACUCUUGGUAGCGCACUUUCGGAGUCCACCAGCGUUCUCAUACAAGUGUUCCACAACUACUGUCGCCAAGAAGAAGUGUCUGGUGAUUGGGACCCACAGCCACUGGAAUCCACAACGGUUCGGUCCCAAAAUGGUGACACAAAACUGGAGGGUAGCCCUGUUCAAACAGAAGAGGAGGACUCAAAUACCCCGGCUACUAGCAAUUUAUCGUGGAGAGACCGGCUUCAUCGCACCGAGUUAUCCAGCCACCUGAGGCACUGCUGCACGCUCUGUGUGAAGGACUUCAAAGGCCUGAAUGUGAUGAGACACGCAAUCUCCCACCUGCGGGGCAAGCAACUACUGUGCAUAUUCUGUAGCAGACGGUUCAAGCAGUUCCGAAUAGCCAAAAGACACAUUCUGGAGCAUAUUGACGAGAUGCGUAAGGUCACGAGCGCCCCCGACCCGCCGGACGUUAAGGUGGUCCUCACCAGAGAAGGUAGCGUCAUCCGAAACCUCCGCAGUCUUCUUAAAAGGAGUCUUCCUGGACAAAAGACUCAUAAGAGCACCACUGGUCACCUAUGGCAGGGGGCUCCAUUCAAGGAUGAACAGGUAGUCAUCGAGGAGGACUUGGUCAUUGUGAAAGAUCCAUCUUUCUUGGAGGAGAAGGGGGAAGGCAUGGAGAAGGAGAAUCCGGUGGAUGGAAGGUGUGGCGCUGGUGACUUUAUUUAUUACCUGUGCCCCUCGGAGCGUUGUAAUAAAGUAUUUCUAAAGAUGAACGCCAUCCUACUGAAGCAUGCCAUCAAAUACCAUUUGAAAGAAGAGAAUGUGUUGGAGAAGACGUUUCUAUGGUCUAAGAGCAAAUGCACAAUCUGCGUAAGGCCGAUGGACUUCCUCCAGCAGUACAAGGAACAUAUGCAGCUCCAUGAUGCGCCCAAUUGCCACUUCUGCUACCACCAGGACUGCGAGGGUCGCUUUGUUACCGCCCUGAAACUUAAAGAGCACGUAAAGACCCACCAACCGCUCAGAGCCCAGUGCUACAACCCAGAAUGCAAACAAGUCUUCCCAAACCUCCAGGGCCUCUACGACCACGAGUGGAGACACUAUGUCCCCGCGCCGCUAAAGCAGGAGUUGGAGGCCCCGGCUAGUACUGUUAAUCAAAUCCCACAGAACUCUGAAGCGCCCUGGAAACAGCGAGUAAAGAUUGAGGAGAUCUGGCUGAGUGGCAAAGAGCAGAAAGAAAAUUCUAAAGCACAAAACCUGGAGUCGUUGGACAGUCUCCCGCUCAGAGAUGGGGAAACCGCUGAAACAGUAACGAAAGAACCCUCAGACAGCAGGCCUGCCAUGCUGUGCACGUCCGGGACAUCACCAAAGAUAAAUGAGCGUUCCGAGGGCCUAGACCACAACAUAACUCUUCUUAACGGCCAUGCAUCCGAGGUGAGGGUAGACGAAACGCAAAUGGAGCCAACCACUUCCCACAUCGCCACCCUAAUGGCUCUAGAAAACCCACUCUUCUUGGAGGAGUCGCUGAAUGUCAAAGCUUGCGUGACCAAACUGACCCAGGUCCUGGACACGCCACAGAUCACGGAGGACAGAGCCUCCAAAUGUGACGGUUGUCCGCGGGCGCACUUCCACAGCGCUCCCCAAAUCAGGUUACCGCCCUCCGCCUACCUCACGGAGACCGAGCUUAACAUGCCCAAAAGGAGAGAAGUUCCGGCGACCGCGAAGAGUACCAAAACUCUGUCAUGGAAGGCCAGGCGUGUGCAAGAAGAACAAGCGGCGGUGGCGGCGGCUCAGGCCCUCGCCGAUGCUGCCGCAAGCAACACAAGGCGGCGCUGCAGCAGAUGCCUCUCCUCCUACAAUACCCCAAAGGAACUAGAGGAACACCAAGCACUCAAUAAGUGCUCUGCACUCUUUGGUUUUGAUACAGAUGAAAGUGAUUAAAACAAUUGUAACUUUCAAAGCAGAGACGGGCUGUCCUGGCCCAACCAGGCUCAUUCAAUCUGGCCCCCUAAUCAUCCUCCUGUAUAAUUGGCUGACUCCCUCACUACACCUCAAGCUGGUGUGUGGUGAGCGUUCUGGCACCGAUUGGCUGCCGUGCAUCACCCAAGUGGGUGCUACACACUGGUGGUGGUUAGUGAGGUCCCCCCUUCACUGUAAGUGUCUUUGAGUGUCUAGAAAAGCACUAUAUAAAUUCAAUCCAUUAUUAUUAUUAUUAUUAUUAUUAUCUAUAAACCAAAUUAACCGUUUUAAAAUCGUUUGUAGUUCUCCUUGGUUAAAACAGCAUUUAAAGAAGAGUUAAAAGGUUGUGGUGGCCAGGAUUUGAAGGCGCUUUUAGACUUAACAGAAUAUGGACAACAGCCUCUUUGCUACUGAUUUGAUAUUGUAGGCACACUCAGUUCCUUGUUCCCCAAUAUGUCUCCCAUCUCUUUCAAAGCAUUAAUUCGCCCA